AGAAUCUUAGUUGCAAUAACUCAAUCCAUUAUUGCAAAAAAGGAGAAGAAAAAGUCAUGAGUUUUGUAGCAAUAGUAGCCGUAAGCUUAUUGGUAUGCAUUGCCCAUUGGGUUUACAGCUGGUGGAGGAGCCAAAGGAUCAAUGGAAAACUGCCACCUGGUUCGAUGGGUUUCCCGUUCAUCGGAGAAACCAUUCAAUUCUUCACUCCCUACACCACAAGAGACAUUCCUCCCUUCAUCAAAAAGAGAAUGGAUAGGUACGGUUCUCUAUUUAGAACGAGUAUUGUUGGUUACCAAAUUAUAGUUUCGACGGAUCCUGAGGCGAACAAGUUCAUUUUCGAGCAAGAAGGGAAGUCCUUCAUCUCUUGGUAUAUGGACAGCUUCGGCAAUAUUGUUGGAAAAGAUAAUUUUCUUUUCAUGUAUGGCGACUUACAUAAGUAUAUAAGGAACUUGACAUUAUCUUUACUUGGUGUUCAAAGCCUUAGAGAAAAAUUUCUUUCAGAAAUGGAAGAUUUAACUAGCAAACAAUUGGAACUCUGGUCCAGCCAGCAAAGUGUGGACUUGAAAGAAGCCCUUUCAACGAUGAUAUUUAAUUUUACUAGCAAAAAGCUGUUUGGUUCUGGAGAAAAAAACAUAGGAAAGUUGAAAGAAUCUUAUGUUGCUUUUCUGGAUGGGUUGAUCUCCUUUCCACUGUACAUACCUGGAACUGCUUACUGGAAAUGCAUACAGGGACGCAAGGAAGCAAUGAAGCUUAUACAGAAAUUACUGGAUGAAAGGCGAAGAAACCCUAAUAGCCAAAAAAAAGAUUUUGUUGAUGUAAUUGUAGAAGAAUUAAGUAAAAAAGGAACAGUUCUAACAGAGACGACGGCUUUAAAUGUACUUUUUCUUCUUCCCUUUGCAUUUUUUGAGUCUACUUCCUCCGUUAUGGUAUUAGCCAUUGAAUACUUACUUGAAAACCCUGAAGCUCUCGAAGAAUUAACAAAAGAACAUGAAUCCAUCAUAAGCAGCCGAAAAAGAAAUGAAUUUGGAAUCACUUGGCAAGAAUUCAGGUCUAUGACUUUUACACAUAAGGUUAUAAAUGAAACAACAAGGCUUGCAAAUAUUGUCCCCGGAAUUUUUCGGAAGGCGCUAAAAGACGUAAAAUUAAAAGAAUAUACAAUUCCAGCAGGAUGGAUCGUUAUGGUUUGCCCGACCACAGUUCAUUUGAAUCCUAUAAAAUACAAUGAUCCGUGCACCUUCGAUCCAUGGCGAUGGAAGCCGGAAGAAUUGCACACGGGAUCAGAAAAUUUUAUGGUAUUUGGCGGAGGAUCGAGACUUUGUGCUGGAGCUGACUUUGUCAAAUUGCAAAUGGCAGUUUUUCUCCAUCAUCUGGUUACAAAAUACAGGUGGAAUUUGAUCAAGGGACAUUUUGUGAAGAAGCCAGGGCUGGUGUUUCCGAAUGGUUUCUAUGUUCAAUUCCUUAAGAGAAAUCUCUAAUCUUUCAGGACAGUCCUGAAAAAUGGCUCUAAAUUGAAAAUGUUUGUAUAUUGGUGUCGUAGAAAUUAAAACUUGUCAAAUAAUAUAAUAAAUAAAUAAAUUUGACAGUUUAUUCUAUCAA